GGACCACUGCCGCAUGCCACCUGCCAGUAGUCCGCUGGAAUCUUACUAUUCGGCAUGCUGUUUCAUGCAGUACGCCUAAGAGGAUGACUCACAACAAAGGUUGGCUAUUUAGUGCGACAUCAAAUUAUUGACUAUACUCUAUGACACGCAUACCCAACCACACCAACGAUACCGCUCCAACAAUAUUUGCUCAUCCACAGAACUUCAUCGUCUUCGGUGAGAUGGGUGUAGGGAAGAGUUCGUUGAUAAACCUCAUUGCUGGCGAACAAGUCGCCAAGUCCUCUUCCGGUAUACAACCCUGCAAUCUCGAAUCUACCGAGUAUCCAAUCAGAUUAUCUGACCCCCAGCUUAAUGUCAAUCUAUUUGAUACAGUGGGCUUGGACAGCCCCACGAUGGAUAGCGCAAGCUAUCUAAAUGCCCUAGUGAAGGCACACGAGCUCAUCGUUUCACUCAAGAACCAAGGCGGGGUACAUGGCUUACUCUUUUGCAUCAAGGGUGGCAGAGUGUCACGCACUAUGCAACAGAACUACAGGUUAUUCUACGAGUUCCUGUGUCAAAAAAAGGUGCCCCUUGCUCUGGUCGUUACCAACCUUGAGACCGAAGUGAAAAUGGAUGACUGGUGGACGCGCAACAAGGUCCAUGUCGAAAAGAGGAAAGUGCACAAUAUGCUAAGAGUACUCGGAAGAGCUGAGCCAUACUCGAUGGACACGAGUAGCUGGUUUGCGCGGAUGUGUAGGCUGCUACCGCAGCUUUUGCUCACAGCCAAGACCUUGGGGAGGAGUCGUCAGAAGAUGAUACAGAUGCUCACAAAGCGUUGCAAGCUGCGCAAGGAAGAUGCAGUGCAGCUUCUUCAAAGAAUUGGCUCUAGGGAAGACAAAUAUUAGUAACUUAUUGUACGUUGCAUGCUGUCGAAUACCUAUCAUUUAUCUCGGAUUAACUACCCAUUACAUACCCCUGGUUAUCUUGUACAUGUUGUAACGUCUAGUAAUAUCAAUCCUUCCUAAUGCUGAUCACUACGCUUG